AAAGUACAAACUGUCGUGGGCGGCAAGACGUAUGAGGGACGUCCAAUCAAAGGCGUCAAGGUUUCCUUUAAACCCAACAAUCCUGGAAUAUUUAUCGAGGGUGGCAUUCAUGCCAGGGAAUGGAUCUCGCCGGCAACUGUCAUGUACAUCCUUCAUCAAUUGCUGACAAGCAACAAUCCGGAGGUCAGAGCUCUGGCUGAGAGCCAUGAUUGGUAUAUCUUCCCAUCGUUCAAUCCUGAUGGAUACGUGUACACGCACACCAUGGACCGAUUUUGGAGGAAAUCACGUAAGCCGAACACGAAUGGCACCUGUUAUGGCACCGAUCUUAAUAGAAACUGGGAUUACAAAUGGAAUACUAAUAGCAUAUAUAAUUCUUCGUGCUCCCAUUAUGCUGGAAGCGCGCCACUCUCUGAAAUAGAAACAAAAAGCAUGUCUGAAUAUAUCAGAUCUAUUUCUCACAAAUUCUAUGCAUACAUUUCAUUUCAUAGCUAUUCACAAUUAUUGCUAUUUCCUUAUGGCUACACAAAAGUUCACAUUCAGAAUUAUGAAGAUUUGUAUACUAUUGGCUCGAAAUCGAUUACAGCUCUCAAAAAAAAAUAUGGAACCGAAUAUCAGAUUGGAAGUAUUGCCGAGACAUUUUAUAUGGCCAGUGGAACUAGUGUGGAUUAUAUCAAAGGCAUCUAUGAUAAACCUAUCGUGUAUGUCUACGAAUUGCGUGAUCAAGGUCAUUAUUAUGGCUAUUUGUUGCCACCUGAACAGAUUAUUCCGACUGGAGAAGAAACUUUAGAUUCUCUUGUAGCUAUGUUUAAAGCGGCAAAGGCACUUGGGUAUCCCAAAAAUAAUUCAAGUAGAUUAAAUUUUUUGCAUAUACUUUUGUAUAUCAAGUUGUUUUAUUUAAUACAUUUUUAUUAGAUUAAUUUUAAUCAUAUUGUUCCGACUAGAGAAGAGAAUCUAUGGAUUUCUCUGUAGCUAUAUUUAAGAAGA